GAUCCGAGCCGGGCCAUGCCGCGCAGAGCCGCUUCCCCUGCGCCCGGCCCUGGAGCGGCUGCAGCGGGGCUGGCGGGGCUCCGGGCCGCCGCCGCGCUGCUGUGCGCGGUGCUGUGCGCCCGGCCGGGCCGAGCGGAGCCUUUCCCAUUCCCCUUUCCCUUCCAGGACCCGGCGCUGCCCUGGCACCGCCGCCUCGACGACCUCCUGGGCCGGCUGAGCCCCAGCGAGCUGGUGCUGCAGGUAGCGAGGGGGGGUGCGCUGGGGAACGGCCCCGCGCCCCCCAUCCCGAGGCUGGGAAUCGCGCCCUAUAACUGGAACACCGAGUGUCUGCGCGGCGAUGGGGAGGCACCCGGCUGGGCCACGGCCUUCCCCCAGGCACUGGGGCUCGCUGCUGCCUUCAGCCCGGAGCUCAUCUACCGGGUGGCCAACGCCACUGCCACCGAGGUGAGAGCCAAGCACAACGCCUUCGCCGCCGCUGGCCGCUACGGGGACCACACAGGGCUCAGCUGCUUCAGCCCUGUCCUGAACAUCAUGAGGCACCCGCUGUGGGGCAGGAACCAGGAGACCUAUGGGGAGGACCCGUUCCUGAGCGGGGAGCUGGCCCGCAGCUUCGUGCAGGGGCUGCAGGGCCCGCACCCCCGCUACAUCAAGGCCAGCGCUGGCUGCAAGCACUUCAGCGUGCACGGGGGCCCCGAGAACAUCCCCGUGUCCAGGCUCAGCUUCGAUGCCAAGGUGCUGGAGCGGGACUUGCGCACCACCUUCCUGCCCCAGUUCCAGGCGUGCGUGCGUGCUGGCUCCUACAGCUUCAUGUGCAGCUACAACAGGAUCAACGGCGUUCCUGCCUGCGCCAACAAGAAGCUGCUGACGGACAUCCUGCGUGGCGAGUGGGGGUUCGAGGGCUAUGUAGUGAGCGAUGAGGGGGCCCUGGAGCUCAUCAUGCUGGGGCACCACUACACACGCACCUUCCUGGAGACGGCGGUCGCAUCAAUGAACGCUGGCUGCAACCUGGAGCUGUCCUAUGGCGUGAGGAACAACGUCUUCAUGCGCAUCCCACAGGCUCUGGCCAUGGGGAACAUCACGCUGCAGAUGCUGCGUGACCGGGUCCGGCCCCUCUUCUACACCCGGAUGCGGCUGGGGGAGUUCGACCCCCCGGCCAUGAACCCCUACAGCGCCCUGGACCUGAGCGUCGUGCAGAGCCCCGAGCACCGAAACCUCUCGCUGGAAGCUGCCCUCAAGAGCUUUGUGCUGCUCAAGAACUCCCGGGGGACGCUGCCCCUCCGGGCCCAGGACCUGCCUGGCAAGCGCCUUGCGGUCGUGGGUCCCUUCGCUGACAACCCCCGGGUGCUGUUUGGGGACUACGCUCCGGUGCCGGAGCCGGGGUACAUCUACACCCCGCGGAGGGGGCUGCAGACGCUGCCGGUGAACGUCAGCUUUGCAGCGGGAUGCCAAGAGCCGCGGUGCCAGCGCUACUCACGGGCAGAGGUGGUGGGGGCCGCGGGGGCCGCCGAUGUGGUGGUGGUGUGCCUGGGGACAGGGACGGAUGUGGAGACGGAGGCAAGGGACCGGAGUGACCUGUCCUUGCCAGGCCACCAGCUGGAGCUGCUGCAGGACGCAGUGCAGGCAGCCGCCGGGCGCCCUCUGAUCCUGCUGCUGUUCAACGCGGGGCCCCUGGACGUGAGCUGGGCGCAGGCACACGAGGCCGUGGGGGCCAUCCUGGCCUGCUUCUUCCCUGCCCAGGCCGCCGGCCUCGCCAUCGCCAGGGUGCUGCUGGGGGAGGCUGGGGCCAACCCCGCUGCCAGGCUGCCGGCCACAUGGCCCGCGGGCAUGCACCAGGUGCCACCGAUGGAGAACUACACCAUGGAGGGACGGACAUACCGGUACUACGGGCAGGAGCCCCCUCUUUACCCCUUCGGUUAUGGGUUGUCCUACACCACCUUCCGCUACCGGGACCUGGCGCUGAUCCCCCCGGUGCUGCCCAUCUGUGCCAACCUCUCCGUGUCCGUGGUGCUGGAGAACACGGGGCAGCGGGAUGGCGAGGAGGUGGUGCAGCUGUACCUGCGGUGGGAGCAGCCGUCCGUGCCCGUGCCGCGCUGGCAGCUGGUGGCUUUCCAGCGCGUGGCCGUGCGGGCGGGCCGGGACACCAAGCUGGCGCUGCGGGUGCUGGCGGAGCAGCGCGCUGUGUGGGCACAGGGCUGGCGCCUCGAGCCCGGCUCCUUCACCCUCUUCGCUGGUGGGCAGCAGCCGGGGCAGCAGCUGCGGGUGCCCUCGGAGGUGCUGAGUGCCCAGUUCACUGUCACCGGUGCAGCCCGGCCCCUGCGUGAGUGCUAGGGGUGGGGACAGCCAUGGAGGCACAGAGGGGUUUGGGUUGGAA